AAGAUCCGCUUGCAACAUUUUAGUAGCAAAUUUACGCUUGGGGCAAAGUUGCACCAAGACGUACACGGCACCGCAACCCUCCUGCGUCAAUUCGUGAUCGGCAUCACCAUGAAAGGGCAUGUAGAGAAAAUAUUAGUUUGAAUCGGAAUUUCCGGCCACAAAAAAAUUUGAGGUUAAAAUUUAUAAACAAAGUCACGAUUUAGCUGUGUUAUAUAUAUAUAACACUUCUCGCAUUUAAAACCAGUUUGAAUAUGCGUUUCAGAUAGGAACGGUUUAGGUAUAGCAUUAUAAAGUCGGUUUUUGCUUUAUUUCGAUUUUACGGUUAGCACACUUGAACAUGCAUUUGUUCACUACGUGUCUCGUGUUGGUCAGUUUGCUUGGCGUUGUAUUCAGCAAUCCACUAACCGUCAACUCGCAGUCGAACAUGGGAAUUGAAAACGAUCUUAUUUUUUCCACCGGAGAAGGAGACUAUGGCGAAUUCAGCGGAUACGGGGAGUCUGAAGAAACGACAACUCCAGAAACCACCACCACAACAUCAACGACAACAACUAAUGCCCCAACAACACCAGCAACCACAGGAACUACUACUCAAUUGAUGUGCGGUGUUGCUGCCGUUACCCCAACCUACGUGAGGAAAGUUGUACGUGGCACACAAGCUACACCACACAGCUGGCCGUGGCAGAUCUCCAUUUUCCAAGACGGUGAGCAUAAUUGUGGAGGAAGCAUUAUUGCAAAUCGUUGGGUGAUUACAGCGGCCCACUGUCUUGAUGGUACAAACAGUGCUUACCGUGCUCGGUUACGCAUUGUAGCCGGCAUGCAUCGCUUAUCUGCCUCUUCUGGCCCAGGCAGAGUAUCAGUUGGUGUUUCAAGGAUUUUCCUACACGCUGCUUUUGGCGGGGAAACAGACAAUCCACUCGACGACAUUGCGUUAAUUCAGCUUCAAGUACCUUUGGUAUAUAGCAACACCAUUCGACCCAUCUGCCUCCCUCAAAGAGGGGAAACCCCUGCUGCUGGAACUACGUGUUACGCGUCCGGCUGGGGCGCCACAAAGAGAGAAAGCGAUGCAGUUGAAGGAGACGGAAGUGAGGCGUCUGAUCCACUACUGCAAACUGACGCCCAGAUUGCAUCAGACAGUGCAUGCUCUCAAGCUCACGGCUUGAAUAUUAAUGAUCAAAGCAAAUACGUGUGCAGUGUUGGUACUGGAAGAGACACAUGUGAUGGUGACAGCGGCGGUCCCUUGCAUUGCCUGCGAAGCACUGGAAGUUGGUAUCUUGCUGGAAUAACUUCCUUUGGGGACGAAUGUGGGUCAACUUCAGGCGGCGUUUACGUUGAAGUUCAAAGAUAUUUAUCGUGGAUUCAAGCACGCAUGAACUACACCCCAUAAGUCAAAACCGUCACCGUCCGUAAUCCGAAGUUUUUGUCGUAAUUGAAAUGAAUGUAUAGAAAGGGGAAGAUGAGACAUCUUUUAAUUCUAUUUUCUCGUCCCAUUUGGUAGCAACAAAAACAUUCUAGGAAUUUUAAAACCGUCUCCCCACGGCUUCCACAGACCGGUGUUAAUUAUUUAAAACACGAUCAGGAUAUUUGAAUGUUAUUUGGAUUAAAGAUGUCCCGUCUUUCCCCACCCUACUAUAUAUACUCCGUAAACAAAAACUAGCAUUAUUAAUUGUUUUUUCUCUCGUAGUUCUAUUCUACCUCCGUCUUUAAACGGGGGCCUAAUAUUUUAGUUUUGUGGACCUUAAUUAAUUGAUACAAACUUACACAAUAACAUGCCCGUUUAGCUCGAUUGCUGCUUGUCAAACUUUUCGUUUAUUUGGUUUUAGUUGAUCUUCAAAUGUUAUGGCAGCUUUUAAACGAAAGGAUGAGUUUAUGCGACCCAUACCAGUCAGGUGUACAUUGUUUAUACGCUGCCGACAGAAGCGGGAGAAUAUUGCUGACAGAUUGCUUUGUCAUAGUCGGGUUGUACACAUCGCUUAUCACGCAUUGUGGGCAGUUGCACGGUGUUUUAAUUUCAACAAAACGUUGAUCCGACUUUAACUUAUUUGAAUACUUCACGAACUUAAAAUACAUUUUGAUAAAAAAAUGUAAUAAACGACUACGUGGUAAAAUAACACACUUUAUUUAAAAUGUAUCGUUCCCACAAGCGCAGUUCUACUUCGUUUUUGCUUCUUUUUUGUUAAACACAUAAAUUGUAGGGCGAUCCUCUGCGGCAGGCACAACUCGAUACCGAUCGGGCACCUUCCACUUUUCAUCAAUCGUUUCUCUGUCGGCAUUCAGUCACGCUUGGCUCGGUCCGCAUUUUUGCCAAAAAUGUUGUCUGCGUUCAAUUACGCUUCGUUGAGUUUUUCGAAACAAACCUUUCGCAACCCAGCGGAGGCUGUACCACUCAUUCUCCCACAUCUAUCAUGCUACCAGUAACCACGGCAAAGUUAUAUACGCUAUAAGGUACUGCGUGCGUUUUCUAUUUUUGCUCCCGUACGAUUGAAAUACAAAUGAAGGAUCACUUGCGCUUAUCUGUGAACGAAAAUACCAGCGAAAAAAGAAAUUGUUAUUUACCUGCGGUCCAUUUACGCCAUGUGAAUCGUAGGCCUACUGUGAUAGCAAUUACCUUGUGGGCACAGGUUACAGCUUUGGUCGUUACAUUUUUGGUUAACAUUCGGAUUAUUAAUUGUGUCUCAAGCGGGCAUCAGCUUGCAUAGCUGUAUUUAACUAUCAUCGUAGUGAUUAAACUUUGUGUGAAAACAUA